GUUAAAUAUAAUACCACACGUUCGAUCCAUCCAUUGACAAUCCCUGUGCAGGUCUAUUCUUUGAGAGUUGUAUCUAAAUCGACUACCGAGUGUGGACGGCAACAGAGAGGUUUAAGAUGGGGGAAAGCGGGGAAGAAGACUAUCUUUGUCCCAUUUGUCUGGAGGACAUGGAUUUGACGGACAGACACUUCACGCCGUGCAAAUGCGGUUAUCAGAUAUGCCUGUGGUGCUGGCACCAGAUUAUGGAGAUGGCAAGGAAGGACAAUCAGGAGGGGCGGUGUCCGGCCUGCAGGACGCCUUACGACAAGGAAAAAAUUGAUCAAGCUGCGCCAAGUCCUGGCGAGUUAAUGGACAUUUUGCAUGAGAAGAAGCAGAAAGCUCGGCAGGCAAAGUCAACCAUGUCCGCGGCGAGAAAGCAUUUGAGCAAUGUUCGUGUGAUUCAGAGAACUCUCGUCUAUGUCAUGGGGAUUCCCCUACAUCUGGCGGAUGAGGAGACUCUGGAGAGGCGCGAUUAUUUUGGACAGUAUGGGAAGAUCAUGAAGAUUGCUGUGACUCGUGGCAACAGCUAUGGGCCCAAUUCUGGCCAUGGGCCUACUGCAAGCGCCUAUGUCACGUUUUACAAGGAAGAGGAUGCAGUGAGGUGCAAGCAGAGUGUUGAUGGUGCAGUGCUGGAUGGGAGAAUGAUAAGGGCAUACUUUGGAACGACAAAGUAUUGCAGUGCUUGGCUUAAGCACAUGCCUUGCAACAACCCAGAUUGUCUAUACCUUCAUGAAGUGGGGACCCAAGAAGAUAGCUUCACAAAGGAGGAGAUGCUGGCACGAUAUGGAAGCAAACACCAGUAUUUCCAUGAUUUUGCUCACCCUUCAGGGCGGCGUGCCGCUGGGCUACCUCCCCCAGUGGAUGCUCCUUCACAUCAGCAGGCCAUUCCGAUUCCGAACAAUGCAGCAGGUCAUCAUCAUGUCUCCCAAGCACAUUCAGGAAGCCCUGCAAAGAGUAGUCUGCUGGCCAGCAGUCCUAGCAAAACAAGUGGUCUGCCAGCUUCUGCCUCCUGGGCGUCGAAGGCGUCGGCUGGGAGAGCAGUGCUGCAGCCAGCACGGUCUGCACUGGCAGCUGGAACCCCCAAGCAAAGGGGUGUGCCGAUUUCUGGCCCUGGACCUCCAGCUGGUACCAAUGCAGGGAGCGUCUCUUCGACAUCGAGUGCAUCUGUGACGUCCGGUACAGUCUCAGCAGCAGCGUCAAACUCAGUGUCACAAACACCUCUGCAGUUCCGGCCAUCAGCAGCAGUGCUUAGCGGAAGGGUAAUCCAGGCGAGUGCUCACCCUCCCCCCAUUGUGUCAGCAGUUGGACAAAUGUCUGCGAGUGUGGUUGCCUUACCGUCCACGUCUUCAUCAGCAUCGGGGAGCUCCAGCAGUGCAAGUGGUACAUCAAAGCGCCAGACUUCAUCAGCAGCUGCAGCCGUCGCCGCAGCUGCUGCAGCGUUGUCAGGGCGCCCACCUUCAACAGGGGAAAGUACACCUGCCUCUGUGAGAAGUGGCACGAAUGGGGAUCUCUCUGGCAGACAAACCAGUGGUAGCGGUUCAGCUAUUCUGCAGUCAUCACAGAGGGUUGGAAUGUCUACAGGAGGGUCUCGAUCUGGAAGACAAUUGGUUUUGGGACAUGGAAUGCCAGCUACAACAGGGGCAAGUAAUGCAAGCACAUCAGAGUCGACAAGUGGCACUUGGCAAGGUGUGAUUGGAGGGACGCCAGCCACACGAGCCGGGGCAAAGGAAAGUGCAUGUGCUGGUACAGGCUCGCAGAAUGCCACAGGUUCAGCGCACGUUAUAAGCUCAGUCAGCGUCAAGUCUGGGGCAGUUGUAAAUGGGUCUGGCAGGUCAGGGAAGCCUACUGCCGCGGCUGUUGUUGCUGGGUUAACCACUGCAAACGGCGCAGCUGCAAGCACUUGUGCAGCGGGGGGUGGUGCAGCAACAACAAUCGGUGUUAAGAAUGGGAUUGGUCCUGCCAGUUUUGCUGCAGUUGCUGGUGGAGGCUUGUCAGCACCACAAACUCAGUCAACUUCAUCUUCUGUGGACGGAUCUCUGGCAGUGGAGCACGGAAAUGGGAAGGAAGAGGCUGCCAAGGUGGCUUGUUCCGAGAAAAGCUCAGUGCCUGAAACAGGUGAACAAGCACAGCCAAAUGCUGCUUCCCAGGUUAUGGAAUCCGCUGGAGAGCAGCGCAGUUCAGAUGUUGAGGAUGUUGUGGGUUCGUUAACCACGGAGGCUACUAAGGCAACCAAGGACAGGGCACAGAAAAGGCGCGAAUCACCUGAGAGGGGGGGAACGACCGUCCGAGGAGCAUCAGUCGUGAAGAAGGAACCAAAAGAGAAGAGUGAGGAGGGCCUGAAAAUACCAAACGAGCAGGUGGAGGGAGCUGUACUAUGUGAAGAUAAUAAUUCUGAUGACCAGAGCGAACCUGCAGGAACAGUGGAGAAGCAUGUUGCGGAGCAGCCGUCUGUUCUCCUUGUGCACGAGGAUGAUGAACUGGGAAAUAACAGCAGUGGUGACGAGUCGAAUUCUAAACUUGGAACAGUGGACAAUAUAACUGAACACGAAGAAGAUGCCAGCAAGCUGUCGACGGUGGAUUCGGCGAAAGAUGCAGGUGAUGUUAAGGUUUGCGCGCUGGAACGCACCGAAGCCAAGGCCCAGGUCCCUCCCCCGACUCCAGAACCUAUCGCAAUUUCUGAUCCGAAAUCGUUAGUUGAUUUUCAGGCAUCUCUUCCGGAAAACUUGGAGGAGGUUCUGAUGGAGGAGUUUGCCACAUCUACAAUCUCAAAGGCUGAAACUGUGGAGGCAAGUUUGGAGAGUAAGAAUGAAACACAGCGUGGGGCUGAUGUCGCAGCAGCCUCGAUUGCUGUGAUAGAAGAGACGUUGGGAAUGGAAGACUCCCCUGCUGUGGCCGAUGAUGCUGUACAUGCUGUACAUGGUGAACCGAUGGAAAAGUUGGAGGCAGCAAACAGUUGUGGUGAUCUUUGGGGCAGGACGAGUCUGUCAUUUGAUGUUACAGGCCAGGUUGCUGCCUGUGAUGAAUCAAAUGUUAUCGAGGAUAUACUGAAGAUGGAUUUCGACUUGUUGGGAGAAGGGCCGCUUGGAGCUGCAGGAGGAUUGGCAAAGCUUUGGUCAGAUAAGAUGGGGAGGAAUGUGACAACGCGUGACCUGACCGCGGUUCCUGCAUCACGACCCAUGAUCACUAGCAGGAGAGCCUCCAGGUUCACAUUCGCAUGCGACACCCAGCCUGAUGGUGUGAAUGGGGAUAUUGCUUUGUCAAGAAUCUCGACUUUGGAGAGAAGCCAUGCUGUUGUGGAAGUAGGACUUGUGCAUGAAGAUUCAAGGGUGGGCAUCUCCAAUGUUGAGAGGUGUAUAGGAGGUGGUGAUGAUGGAUGGGCUCCUAGGUACGAGCGGACUGUAAAUGGCGAAGGUGUUGCAGGGGAAGUGAGGUCUGUACCUCCCGGUUUCAUGGAUAUAUCCCCUUUGCCUGUAUCAAUUGGAGAGUCCUUGCAGGUACGGGAUGCUGGGAUGGGCUCUGACUCAGGUCUGCACGAGGAAGAUUGGCAGAGGGGUUUUCGGGCUUUGCUCCCUAAUGUGCCAAUAUCCUUCAACCGUGUUGUCCCCGGUUUUGCGCAUGCACAAGGACUUCCUGUGCAGCAGCAGGGAAGUGUAUCUGGUUGCGCAGUGGAUCAGAACCAAUUGCUUUCUGCAGCGGCAAAGAAUACAAGAGGACCUCAGUUUAAACCUGGUUUGCAGCCUCCACCUGGUUUCGCAUCGCCACCAAGGUUGGGUUUGGCAUUGGGGUUCCAAUCCCAGUUACAGACUCAGUCUGCUCCUCCAGGCUUCAGUCCUCAGAUGGCCCAAGGACAAAUGCCGAAGUUUGUGGGCGGAGGUAACUCAGCUGCUGCACGUAACCUGUUCCCUACAGUCCAACGACCCACUGCAGCUGUACCAGCAAAUCCCGUGCCGGAACCUCACAAAUCUGUAACGACAGAUUUGGAACUCUUGGAUCCUGCUAUCAUGGCAAUGGGAAACAGCAAGAGAGCGGCUGAUUUAGGCGCAUCAUUGGGAAUAACAUCUCUGGACAACGCUUCUCCAGAUGUUCUUUCUGGGCUAUCUGGCUUUUCUUCUGGCAGUGCUGUAGUGAAUGGGGUAAGUCAAGGAAGCCAGUUGUUUAUGAAGCAGACACAUUUGCCUCCAGGGUUCAGUGCCUCUCUGUUACAGCAGCAGCAGCAGCAGCAGCAGCAGCAGCAGCAGCAGCAGCAGCAGCAACAACAGCAGCAGCAGCAGCAGCAAGUGCGGCAGCAUUUGCAGGCUCCCCAGCAACGGCUGCUGCAAUCACAGCAGUCUCUGCCCGGUCUGUUUAUGCAGGCUGGAGGUGGAUUCUCUCAUCAACUGCAACAGGUUGCUAAGGGUGGUUACCUAUACAGCAGCAAUGUGGGGAAUACUGUUAUGGGGCAGAGCGGAUUUUCAAGUCCCUCCGUCGUGGGUGUAUCGGAGCAAGAUCAAGUUCUUCUCGGCGGUGGACGGGGCAGACCGCUCUUUAGGCAGAUGCAGGCACAGAAGGUGCAAGCUGGGAGUGCGGAAAGAGUGUUGCAAUCGCGACUGGACCUUGGAAGCCCCUGGGCCUCUGCAAAUGGUGGGGUAGCUGCGGCUGGAUGGGGGCGUCAAGCACUGCCCAACUCAAUUGGAGUGACUCCUGGGCUUGGGGUUAGCCGAGAUUUCUCUGGAAGCACAGUUCAGAACCUAGCUGGCUGUGAUCUCCAAAGUUGGCAAAGGAACCUGAUAGAAAGAGAGAGAAGGGAGAGAGAGCUCUUGGAAAGGGCAGAGAAUGGUGCGGACGUUUUUGCCCUGCGAAUGGGUAAUUCUGAGAAGCUGGGAACAGGCCUUGAUCCUACGAUUCACGGUAUGUCUGGGACUGCUGUUGAGAGGCUUAUGGCAGGGAUAAACAGGGACAGGGAGAUUGACCUUGAAGCUAUGAGAGCCAAAGAGAGUGGAAGAUGGGUGGAUGGUAUCGAGAAUGGUCAAGAGGGAGGUGUGGAGGGUGACGGAUAUUUGACAAGGGCGAGGAGUAUGGAUGUUGGAUAUGAUGGGGAGAAGAUAGGUCUUUCACUCGAGGAGAAAGUGAAGUCUCUCAUUGAUGGAGGUGGAGGAUGGUGAAAGGUGAAAGAGUAACUUGAUUGUUUACUUUGGCAAGGCGGAUCUGUGUUUACAAAGUUGUCGCAGUCUGUUCUUGUGCAUGCGUUGUGUGCCAUGUCAUUCAGUUGUGGUAUCUUUGCAAUGCCUUGGGGUUAUAUGCUGCAUUCAGUUGCAAUAGUUGCAUGCUGUUCAAGAUCCAUGCAUGCUCUAUGGCCCUUUCUAUUUGGAUCUUUCAAGUUUGUACCGCCAUUCUGGCAAGCGAGGUUCUUAUGAGAAUUGGCAAGGUCAGAUGCAAGGUCGACUCCGAUCAUCCACAUAACACUGGACAGGGACUGACGGGGCUCAUCAUUGAAAGCAACCAGUGCAUGAUGCUUGGAAAGUGGUGGCUGGCGCUGAUCAUUGAAAGCAACCAGUCAGAGGGAGGGAGAACACCGCAUUGAAAGCAACCAGUCCAUGAUACUGGCGGGAAAGUGGUGUCUGGGGCUGAUAAUUGAAAGCAACCAGUCGGAGAGAGGGUGAACACUGCACACCAGAUGACAUGGACAGUGCCCUGCUAGCCUGCAGCUGCAAGUGAAACAUUCAGUACUCCCCUAUUGAAUGUCAUUUGCUACAAUGGCCCAUGAAACGUUGGUCCGGAUCGGACAGCUGUUGAGAAACCCUGCUGGAAGUGACAAACGGAUGACUGCCAUUGCGCGUUUGGUGACAAAUGUGGGGAAACUUGGCUGGAAUGGAGUAACUGACAUGAUUGAUAUGGCUGUUUCGUGCUCUGCAUUGUCAGCCUGAUCCGAGUAGAGUGGCUGUGACAAGUGCAAUCGCUACGGUCACUGUCGUUCUUGCGCUUAGCCCAGUUGUUGUGAACAUGUUGUGAACAGCUCACUUUUCGAGAAUGGGAAGCAAUUCAGACUUUUCAGACAUAGCUAUAGGCAAUGUUUGCUACUAGUCCAUCCUCUCCUCUCCGGCUCCAAUGAUCUUUGUAUCCCCUGAGAGAAUUGCAGAGUGUAAGAACUGCUUUCUGUCGACAUGACAUGCCUGGAGAUCCGAGCAGUGAGCAGGUCCCACUCUGUUGAUGUGUUCGUUGUUGAAGCACCGAGUGUAUUAAGCGAUAUGAUCUCAGGGCUUCUGUUUUCCCCUCUCGGAUGGAUGGAUUGUAAACGGCUUCAGUUGUGGAACCUGAUGUUCGAUGGUAACGCCUUGCAGCGGGAAAGGAAAUGGCUGUUUUUGGGAAAUGCAGGCUAAUGUGCCAGGCGGCUUAGAAUCGGGGCAAGAGGUUCAGAGACUGAGUCAGAGGGAAAAGGAAAGCCACAGUGGAAAGGGGAGCGUCCGCAAAUUGUCCAAUUGACGUCUGGAGAAGGAUGGCAAGUGGUCCUUCAUAUGUUCAGGGAGUUCAAAUCUUCAAGAUUUGUUGGUCACAAGCUGCAGCAUGCUGCAUAAAGGGACAUGGGUGCUAGUCAGUGGUAGCAGUAUAUUCUCGGAAGGAUGGAAUUGCACUCCUUGUUGAGCAUAGAGUCAAAGUGGCGGUUUCCUUGUUACCAUUCCCGAGCUAUGAAAGCGAAGAUGUGUUCAGAGACAGGAAUUGUGACAUCGGGGGAGCUGCAAUUGGUUGGCCGGUCGCUCAGUGGAUGGUAGCUGACUUAUUGCAAGAACUUGCAGGUCUGUAUCAGGUGGAAGUGAGGAUAUGCCACAGGUAGGAGAUCCCAGCAGGGACGUGCAAACUCUAAAUAUCAAAAAUAAUGUUUUCCGCCACCUUCUGGAGUGAAAGCGAAUAAAGUUGGUCCGCAUGC